CGGAGGGGAUAUUUCUAAGCUCCAGUCGCCACGGUGUCCGCGGUUCAGUUUUAAGCCACGAUUCGGAUGUUGUGUUCAGACGGUCAGGCCGUGUAUCGUCUGCUCGUUUCCUAGCAACCGUGUAUGGCAAUAUUGACGGAUGAUACAAGGAAAACUAAGCGAUCCUCGACUCGACUUAACAAAUUGACAUGCCUUACAUGUUCGGUUGGGAGUUGGCUUAAAAGGUGAUACAAAGCUGAUCCUACGACGGGGCACCUCUGAAACACGCCUCAUUGCCUCGAUGUGCCAUUCAGACAUUCGUAGGGGCUGUGUUCUGCAUCCUUGUUGCCUCAGCUGUUAGCACCAUCCACCUGGCUUUCAGGAACUAGCUAAUUCGUACUGAUGAUGUGGAAAGGUUCAAAGCAUUAUAUAACCCAAGAAACACUGACAAUCUGCAGAUUAACCACAUAGCGUGGUUUCCGAUGACUCUUGUGCUUGAAGACAUGCUAAGGGUGCUGCAUUCAAAUAUUGCUGACUGUACUAUACACCAUGAUGACAUUAUGGAGUGUGAAUAUUCAUGUGUGUGUCAAAAACAAUGACUAGGGUUAUCAGUUUCAGCGUGUAGUAAAUCCCCAAGUUUCUCCAGCUGUGAUUAAUAGGGUCUGUGGUAUAGAGGAUUAUACCUGCUGACGGGGGAAUUUUAUAUACGUAGACGGAUUCUGCUUAUAGUGCUCUAGGAUCUCAUUCUUCAGAAAGAAACAUCUCGAAGCUACAAGUGCUGGUUUAAUUGGAUCUAUAAAGAAUAGCAUCUGUGCCAAUCUCUCCUGAAAUCUCGCACAAGUCUAAGAGUUUGUGAACUGUUGUAUAACUGAACUGGAAAUCAUUCUGGUGAAAUAUAUUCCACUCUGAAGUAUUCAUUGUUACGCUAAGUCUGCCUUCUCUCAAGAACAGCGACCUACUUUGCCGCAUCGCAGCUUCGCAGCAACUUAACUCUGAUACCGAAAUAUUUGUGUCGACCAAAUAUUUGUCGCUUUACCUGGAGGACAACCGAGGCCCGAAGCCUGGGAAAUACCAUUGAUUUUCUGUGGUGAUUUACCAGCUAGUGACAACACGUUCCGGCGUUCGUUCACCUGUAAUCAGAGCCUUCCUUACCUGCAGACGGAGCGAAACAAUGGAGGUGAAGUGUAGUGGACGCUGGUCAGGUGACGUGACCCCCAUGGGACGCACGGCACGAUGAAGUUGAGAGACUUUGUAGCCAAUUCCCUGCCAAGGGUCCGCGGCAAGAAGAAGAAGCAGAACCAGAUACAGCGUACAUUGAACAACGAGCGUUAUGACGCCAACAAGAACAAGAACAAGGUUCCAGACGCCAACGCAUCCUGGGAAUGUUGCCAUGACAACAACAACAAGUGCCCACCAGAAGGAAGCUGCGAGUAUGCCCUAAAUCAGGCCGUCAAAUCGGUGUGCGGUGAGAUUAUCGAUACGUUUAAUAUUGACACUUACAAUUACCGUGUUAAUAACUCCCUGGGCGAGGAUCAAUACACAUGCUACAACGACCUCUCCUCUUAUCAGAAAACAGAAGAGGCCGACAAGAAAAAUGAGGCGGCGAACAUAAGCAGCGAUAGUGAGAAACAGUUUAACACUGUCCCCAAGACCAGGUCCAGGAUCCGCACCAAUCCCUGGCUCCCUUCUCCCAGAAGCACCCCCUCUAAUUCCUCGGGGUCGUCCAGCCCCACCUCCUCGGUCACCACAUCACCCCUGAGCCCAAUCCACCACAAGCUGAGGUCGCUAUGCAUCAAGGAUAGCUGUACUCUUUCUACAACCUCCUCCGACAGCCUCAUGGAUACCGACCAAUCAGCGUCGUCCCCGGAUUCGGCUGUAGGUGACGUCACAGAGGCAUCCGGGGUAUUGGAUCGUGACAAAUGGAGCGGCAGAUUGGAUCUUUCCCAUCUACCCUCGUUUAAAGAGGAUGGAGCGUAUUCCUACACGGCCUGGGAUACAGACGCCUCGACUGACCUCUCCCCUUGCACGGACAACUGCAACUGUAACGAAAAUAUUGGCGAGCCUGAACAUAAUAUAAGUUUCGAGUAUGAGGAAGCUUUAGAUGAUACGCUUGAAAAGGGGUCUGUGAAGAGAGACAUUUCUUUGCAAGAUCUUCUGGAUGACGAUGUGCAGAAGGAUGUUGCCGUGCAGACUGAGUUUGAGGAUUAUGAUGAAGACUCCGACUGGCUGAUUGACGGCAGUUCAGAUGAAGGCAGUACUGACCUAGCCAGUGGAGAAUGUGUAAAAUACUGUUGUGUUCGGGAUAUCAUGCAGGAUUCGACUGACACAGGAUAUUCGAGUUUAGGACGAGAUGGACAAACGGAACUUGAUGAUGAGUUCCAGUUUAUCAAACCGGAUCAGUAUCAACAAACAGAACCUUGCCAGGCCUCGGAACCGGACCAGGGGAAGAUAACCCCCAUAUUAACCAGUAUUUCAGAAAUAGAGUGUGUCUGCGAAGCUCUUCCAGCAACAGAGGAACCUCCCGUCGAGGACGACAAUGACAUUGAGAAAGAGCGCUACGUGACGAACAGAUAUCCAGAAGAAACGUCAGGUCGAACCCUACAAGAAAUUAAAACAAGUCUGGAAGAGAAGGUCUUCCUCCUUCGCCAAGAGAAGAGGAUCGUUGAGCAGAAAAUCAAGGAGGCGCAGGAAGAAGAAAAAAUCCGACAGCAAGAGAAGAUGAGAUUCCACCGUCAACUCAAUAUCCACAGAAAGCAAAUUUUGCUCAAAACCCUUCAUGAUCUCAAAGCGAAACUAGAGUGUCAGAGUGAACGUCUUCAGGAUAGCUACAGUGCUGUGCUCACAAUGCAAAAGAGGUUUGCCCAGAGAAACUCACCGCUUCUCCUACUGGCUUCCUCUUCCACAUGACUAGCGGUUCAGCCAAUUAUCAGCGCUGAUACGUGUAACUGAAGGAUAUGUCCUCCAUUUUGAAUCAAAAGUAUUUGGAUCUUGUGAUGGUAAUUUCGACCUGACAGCUGUUAAUUUUGGUGGGAUUUUGAGUGCUAUGUUACGUCUAGGCUGUAUUAGCUGAGCGGUGUCAUUGAAUCCAAACCAUUAGUUGUAUGACCGCUGUUUUACAUUGCUUGAGUGCUGAAUGGACCGGAACGGAAGUGAGCUGUUUCUGCACGAAGCUGAGAGUUGCACGGUUCGCUUUGUUGAGAGUGAGGCCGGAAGUGACGUGUGCAAUGACAGCUAUGGCAGUUUACAGUGUGUACAAGUGUGACAGCACAUUUUUGAAGGGUGCUUGAAGGUACAUGAACGACAACUAGUGUUUUUUUCUGAAAGUAAUAGUGUUGGAAGAGCACCUUGACACAGCUCAUCAACAUUGCCCUUCUCGCUGAAUGAGAGCGGUUUGUUUUUCCCAUUAACUGGAGACUCACGUUUUAUGAGGUCAUACAACUGAAGGAAUAUGUAAGAAAAAGACAGAAAAGCCACAAGAUUUUCAAGAAACGCGACGAAUUAUUAAUUCUUAAAACAACAUGCAAAAGAUUCUAAGGUUAACUUUGGUUCCCCAAAUCAUUCAUUACUAAGGGUUAUUUUUGAAAAAACAAAAAUAGCAAUCGCACACCGACAGUGUUAGUUGUUUAUUUACAUAUGAUACAGUCAUCAACAGCAGCUGGCGAAAUGAAAAUUGGAAACGUUAAUGGAAGCGAAAUACCUCGAAGACCAUAAACCUUGAGAUAAAACAGCCAAAACGGUAAUGAAACUUCUAAAUUCAAUUUAGGCGUCUGGUCUUAACAGUUUGUCGAUAUUUUGUACCUGUCGCGACCCUGUAAUGAAAACAGGUGGCAAGGCAUUCUUCCUACAACCAUACGUAAACAGUAUCUGUGUUUUUGGCUCUCAUAAGCUAACUGUAAAGAUACUUUGACAAUUUUCCAAGAUUUGGCCACAUAUUUGACAAUUCUCCAGUUGCGCGGCUGUUCGUGUUUUGGCCUUUAACUACUUCUGUUCUCGAGACAUAAAUGCCAUUGCAUAGCAGACAUUUAACAUUAUUUGUUUAACCGAAUGUCUAUAAUAACAGUUGUUAACGACGUAUGGUAGAAUGGUUGAGAUGGUGGCAAAAAAAAGCAUGACAAAAAACGUGUCACAUUUGUGAAAUAGUUGUACGUUUUUUUUAAGAAGAGAUACUGGAAAGUUUUACAGCAUAUGUGUGCGUUGUCUAUGUGGCACUUAUGUUGAAUAUCGUAUCAAUUUUACAUGUAUCCUUACACGGUGAUUUAUCACUUAAUCAAGGUAUACCAGCGACAUCAAAAGAACCACUACCACUGGAUAUCGACGGAUGGGGAAAUAGGAAUUAAUUAUUUCUGGAAGUCCCUGUUUUUAAACUGAAUCUUCAGCGAGAAAUGUUAACGGCGUUGUGGUAUUUAUGACUGAAAUGGACACCACUGACAUGGUGACUCAUUGUGCAAUGUUUACAAUAAUGUCAAUUUCCAAUCAUUUAACCGCCUGUCAAAAUCUCCACGUGGGUGUCGUGCUUCCAGCAGUUAGGCUCAUUUGACAGCCUGGCCGUGUGACUUUUGCGACAUUUGCCAGAUUUCAAAAUAUCGAUUGAAAUUUAACGGGAGUGUUUUAUUUGAAUUUUAAAAGAAAUUGCUUAAAGUAAAAGCAACAUCAUUUGCCUUGUCUCUUUUCCCAAUAAUAUCAGGUUCAACACAAAUUUCUUUUCGCCUUUGCUUGCUACUGUUCUUUUAUAAAUCUGUGAGGUUAACACUAUCGGUUCUCCGAUAUGGGCUAGAACAGACAAUAACAGAUCAUAUUAAUAUAAUAUGUAAACUCACAGAAACAUCUGUCAUAUAUUGGCUCAUGAAUGAAACUAGAAUGUUUGAAUAUCCAUUUCACUCUCUUUUCGUGUCUUCAUUUCCACAAAUACAUUUUCGAUUCGUUUCGAUGUCUUUUGCGUUCAUAGUUUUCGUAAAUUUCAGUUUUACACUUUUUAAAACUGAAGUUGGUUGUUCCAUCUUUCGUAAAUGAGAAUGAGUUAUGGUUACCAUGGGAAUGGGCGUAAAAAGACAUAUGUACAUUUCAUAUGACCUAGUCUCUGUCCGGUUCUGUGUCGUUUAGAUUUUUUUGUUAUGACCACAACUAUUUUCGCCGAUGCGUGGCAAAGCACUUUUUUCUUGUUCAAAAACAUUGUAUCUUCUUCUAUUUUCUUCAGUGUUUGGAAAUUGACAUCGUUGUCUAUUUCUUUUCGUGUCGUUGGUAUUUACAACAAAUGGCAGUUUAAACAAUUUAUUGUAUUUUGGACGUGUUGCUCUUUUUGAACAACACAUCAUUGUGGUCAGAGCAGUGGCACUAAAACUUGACGUGUGUUGCACGAGUUUAGACUUUUAGUAUUGUCCACAGUAAACGUUUAUUUGUGCGCUUUGCGUAUACCUCUGAAAGGGAUGUUCCCAGAUGGAGAACACAUAUUUCAAAGUUUUUACAAAUCAGUGAAAUUGACAGUGAUGUAAUUUUACGAUUUGGGAAUCAUUUAAAAUAGUAAGUAUUCUCAACCUUUACUGUUACCAUUGUCAUAAAUAUGUAUGAUGAUGGGCACAACCGAUUAAUGAAAUGAUCGUGUUUAAAGGUUCGUCGUAUGUUGAAAUGAAAUGUGGACAAAUCCUUGUUCGAAUUGAAGAAAUGAAACCGAUCGUGGUUCUUAAUUUUCUUAAAUCUGGUUGUUAUACAUUUGAAGUUUUUGAGUCCCGUUAGUUUGGUUGCAUAUAUCGUGUAGCUAUAUGGUGCUGACGUGAGUCAAUAUAAAAUAUGGAAGCCCAUUGCGGUCACAAUCUGCCUGCGUACGCGGCUGUUACGGUGUAUAUGUUAGUUGACUUUGGUCUUGUACCAUAAUGUUAAUGUCAUUACAAGUAUAACCCGUCGUCAUAGAGUUGUCAUUCAUUAUACAUUUCAAUAUUUAUCGUUGUCAUUUCUCAACCACUAAAGUUGCAUUUCUAGAAAGUUGAAAUUGAUUAGACUCGCUUACUGCAUAUUUCAUGUUCAAUGCUUCAGGAUGUCAGUAUCUUAUUCGAAAACAAAGGCUAGACAAGGUUGUCGAUUUCAUUGUUUAAUAGACUGAUGUUAACAUGAUUAUAAUGUUGUGAUGUACAUGAUUUUUGCAAUAAGCGUUCUAUUUCAAAUGUCAAUUUCACAGUCGGUUGUUUUUUUAUAGCGGUAGUGAGAUUUCGAUGUGCCAAAUAUCUGUAAAACCCACCAAAGGUAAUUAUUAACAUCACGAUUUUAUAUAAUGAAUGUUUGUAAAUUUACAAUACGUUCAUCAAUUUGCUUCGUGUUUAUAGGGCGUAUGUUCAUAUCAGUCUUUACGAAGAAAUGGACUUAGUGACACAGUGAAGAAACGGUCAAGGGGAAGUAACUCUAAUCUGAGUCUGCAGGCAAUGGUAUUUGGACCGGUUUGUUAUUUUUACAAACACGAAUCUAUCAAAUUGAAAAAAGUAGGAUAAACUUCAGUGAAAUGAUACACAGUGAUGUUUUUUAUGAAAAUAAUCACUUUAUUCCCUAAUAAAAAAGCAUAUCAGUGUGUACAGUUGUGUAAGUAUUGGGCGUCUCAUCAACAUCCUUUGUAUAAAUUUGUAUUUUCUGUAAAUUAAGAGUGCGAUAUUUAUUAUUAUGCCUGAUUGACAGGGGUGUACAUAUCACCCGACUUGAAAUGAAUUAGGGCAGUAAAUCAAAAAGUCCAGUAAACACUGAAUGAGAUUUGUCACUGUCACUGCCAAUGUAAAAAGAUGCGAAAACUCAUUUAAAGAUUGCCAAAAUUAUUGUAAAUUCAAUAAAAAUCAAUAAUUUAAAAACUACUUGUUUCGGAAUUGUCACAUUCCCGUGAGAGGCUUUAACUGUUAUGAAGUAUUUCUGAAGAAGCUUUCCCAGACGUGUAGAUGUUUCUAUCUGUCUAUUUCUCUACAACGGUAUGACGUUUGUGUUGGUUAUUGAACUGACAUGCUAGCUGGUAUAAUAAUUUAUUGUUUCACAACGUUACUUGGCAUUUGUGUUGAAGUCGCUAUGUCUAGUUGACGUGCAAAUAAAUAGAUCUCAAAAUA